AUGGGGACUUCAUCUGUAAAGGGUCUGAAAACUUCUCAGAAUGAGUGUAGAUCUGUAAAGAGCCAAAAGGUGAAGGAGUUACCAUCAGGUUGUGGCUGGUUGAGUGCUACCCCGUAUCCCAUGGGCUACACUACAGCCAUGCUUCUCAAAGUGUGCAGAUGUAUUACUUUGAAAGCUUCAAGUGCAGAUACUGACCUGCCACAGUUUCUCUCCAGAGCUGUUGGAAGGUCCCUCUUGGGCAUCCAGAAUCGCUGUAACAGUUCCCGUGAAGUUGUAAGCAACUCCCCAAGACCAAGUCGUGUUAAAUUUAGAAGUCACUCGAAUCACCUGAUUGUCGAUUUACAGACGCAGUUAUCCGCGUGGCUCGGGCUUCCCCGCCCGCAGCUCCUGGAACCUGGCCCGGCUGAGGACGCCCUUCUAGCGCCGGGAACUGGCGCUCACGGGGCACUCCCCCAAGCCGAUGCCUGGGCGCGACCUCCUGGCACUCCCCCCGCCUCCGACACUCAGCUGCCGCCCCUUACGCCAAACUCGGGCGUGCCGCGAGCCUCGCCUUCUCUCCCAGGCCACCGCCUCCUUGGUCCUCGUCCUCCGGCGCCGGCGCUGCGGCGCGGGGCCGCGGUGGCGCGGGAACGCGGGGAUGCACUCUCGCGCGCGGGAGGGGUGACCCUGGGGACACGCGCGGCCGCGGGAGGGAGCGUGAGAGGGGGAACAAGGCUGGCUUGGCGAAAGGGGUCGCCCGGCGUUAUAAGGCGGGGGCGUCACCGGCCGGGGCCCUCCGCUGGCUCUUCUCCUUCCAGAGCUUUGCUGGCGCCUGGCACGGUGAAUGGGAAGAUGGAGAUGGAUGUUGAGGGAGUUUCUCCGCGCGAGGAUCCCAUCCCCCGCUCCCAGGGGGCUGGCGGAGCCUGCCAAGCGCCGCCACAGCCGCCCCAGCCCCAGCCCCAGCCCCCGCCGCCGCCGCAGCAGCCGGCUCCGGAUGAACCGCCCGGCGAGAGCGCGGGCACGGAGGAUAGCGACGAUCCUGAUCCCGAGGCGAGACCUGACAGCGAGAAGGGAGAGAGCAAGAGAGAUCAUGGCCUGAGAGGUGACGUUUAUCCCGAUGCGCUCAUGACAGCAUCUCAAAGAUUCCACGCCGCCAGCUGCUCCGGCUUGAAGCCACCCUCCCGGAGAGGCGGCAGGAGGCAAGCCUGGAGGAGGCUCCGCUUUUUGGCAGAGGAUGGACCCACCUUCUCAGGUGUCCUGGGAUCUAAUGAGGCACCACGAGGAGGAUGCUGGUCCCAUGACAGAGCACAGCAGCUGGAACCGAGAAAUGCCCAGAGUGGGACUCAAACCCAGCACCCUUCAGACAGGAGCUCUCUGAGCCGCAGUUCCUGAUUGGACUGUGUCUGUUUUGUUAUCAUUGAAUUGACACACAGUUUUGCACGCUUUUGAAUGGUUGGGUUGGCUUCCCCCUGACCUCCUGUAUUUUUUUCUUUUUCUUUUCCCUUGGCCCUGGGGAUUGGAAGAAAAGAAUUGCCUUGGAAAACAUGAUUCUGUUGCUGAAAUUAACCUUGUUUAUGAACCAGUUCUGUCCCAAGGGAUUUUCAAAAUUGCAAUCCCAGGUUACCUAGUCAGUGGGGCUGCAUGGUUUGAUGUUGUGUAGUACUGAUCCUUAGAUGAAAAAUGCAUUUUCCAUCUUCCCUCUUUUCAACAUUUGGAUCCAGGUAAUGGCCCGAGUCCCAUUUGCUUAGCUACUGGAGCGAUCUCAGUGCCGUAUUGCUUGGAGUUGAAGUGUAAUCAAACAUAUUAUACCUGGGGCUUUUGCACGCCAUUUGGUGUAAAUGUUACUCGACAAAAGAACAUGAACCUUGUAGGGUGAAAUUUAAUUCCUGUCUGGUACUGCAGCUAGAAUGGGGGAGAAAUUAUAAAUAUCAAAAGUGGCUUCAAGUGCUUUGAAUGUAAACUACCCAGCAGUCAGUGGUUGAUCUUCUAAGGCAGAGCAGGGACCAGGGAUCACCCACCCCUGCCAGCAGUGUUGGUCCAGUGUCCCUUCUGGAGGAAUCUGUGGACGAGGCCCGCUUCUGUGUUUGGGUUGGCGGAGAUUGUUUCUGACCUGUGCUCUGUAACCAUGCCUGCCUUGAAAUAAAACACCUUCCAUUGA